AUGACAACCCUAGUUCGCCAACAAAAAGCAAUCCGAAACAUUGCAAAUCUGGCCUUACGACAAGGGGCCCGAUACUUCAGCAACAGCACUCGGACGCAAGCAGAUUUCACACAUGCAGUGAUCGGCGGCGGGGCAGUGGGUCUCGCCAUUGCCCGCCGUCUUCAACAAUACUCCNCUUCUGCCUCCACAGUCCUAAUUGAGCAGCACAAAGCCGUGGGCACGGAAACCAGCAGCCGCAACAGCGAAGUCAUACACGCAGGAAUCUACUACGGUCACGAUUCGCUAAAGACAAAACUAUGCGUGAAAGGCAAGGAGAUGUUGUAUGAGCUGUGCAACAAACACGAUAUACCGUAUAAUAAUUGCGGAAAGUGGGUUGUUGCGCAGGAUGCAACGCAAGCCGAAGCAAUCGAGAAGGCACAUGCAUUUGCGAGCAGCAUUGGUGUACCUACGAGAUUUUUAAGUAGAGAGGAAGCUUCUCGUAGGGAACCCGAUGUCAGAGCCGAAGCUGGCGUGCUAGAGUCACCGACAACAGGGAUCCUCGACAGUCACGCUUAUAUGACCUUCCUACACGGCAGCUUCGAAGAUGCUGGCGGCGACACAGCUCUCGGGGCAAAAGUAACACGCAUAGAGGCACCCACCCCAACAUCUCCAGACUGGAAAAUCUACACUGCAGACCCGCAAGACGGAAAUACAGAAACCGAGCCCAUCACCACCGAAAUACUGGUAAACUCUGCAGGCCUCUACGCUUGCGAUAUCAACAACAUGAUCCUGCCUAAAGAAAGACACAUGCAGCCCUUUUACGCAAAAGGAAACUACUUCUCCUACGCAGCAAGCAACCCUAAACCCAGCGUGUUGGUCUACCCAGCUCCCGUGCCUGGACAAGGUGGCUUAGGCACUCACCUGACUCUAGAUAUGGGAGGUCGUGUGCGCUUCGGCCCCGAUGUCGAGUGGGUAGACAGUCCCAGUGACUACACACCCACCUCCGAUCCUUCGCGCUUCCAAGCCGCUCUGAUUGAUAUCAAAAAGUACCUUCCCGGGAUUGACGAGUCUGCCGUGGCGUUGGAUUACGCGGGUAUAAGACCCAAGCUAGGGAAAUUGGGUGCCGUGGGUGCGGGAAAGGGCUUUCAGGACUUUUAUAUCAAGAAGGAGGACGGGUAUGAUGGAUUUGUGAAUUUGUUGGGUAUAGAGAGUCCGGGACUGACGAGUAGUUUGGCGAUUGCUGAGGAGGUCUAUCGGGUGCUGUAUCGAUGA